AUGGGGGUAGAAGUGCAGAUGCGAGGCGACGGGCGGCAGCCCGAAGGUGCACCGGGUGUGACUAUCGCCCCAUUUCCCCAUGCCUUAUUCUCACUCCCUCUCUCCUCACCUUCCUCACCUCCCCUUUCACCUCUCCUCUUACCUCCCCCCUCACCUCCCCUCAUGUCCCCUCACCCUCCCCUCACCUCCCUUCACCUCCCUUCGCCCCCCCUCCCCUCCCCUCCUCCCUUCACCUCCCUUCCUCCCCUCCCCUGCCCUCCUCCCUUCACCUCCCUUCCUCCCCUCAUCUCCCCUCACAUCCCCUCCUCCUCUCACCUCCCCUCCCCCACUCACCUCCCCUCACCUCCCCUCAUCCCCUCACCUCCUCUCACCCCCUCAUCCCCCUUCCUCCGCUCACCUCCCUUCCUCCCCUGCCACACCUUCUUUUCCUUGAUCAGGUGCCCGAAUCACCUCACCUGUCUCUUCUCCCCACCGCACCUUGUUGGGCGUGUAGCAAGGGUUGGGACCGCCGCCCACGAGCGCGAAUAG